UAUAUUACUGCUCAUCAUACCUUUGUUUUCUCAAGGAAACUUCCACUCUGAGUCAUUUGCAAACUCUAACAGCUGAUUUUUCCAAGUUGCUCUGUAAAGUUGUUAUCUGACCAGAACACUUUCUUCCACAUGUUUUCUGCGGCCCCUGCAUGGUGUGGGGUGAAAUGAAAACAAGAGUUCAUGUAGCUUUCGCUGUGAAACUCGUCUACAAAGGUCAGAUUUGUGCAGUGUGGGACUAAUCAUGAGUCUCUGUAGAGCUUUAAGAAAUGCCAGUGACCUCUGAUUAAUGCUCUCCUAGGUCAGUUUACAUGGACUUUUGUGUCUUUGUGGGCUUAGUAGAACAUUUUCAGUUCAUUAACUGAACAAUUAAUAUGUAAUAUAACUCAGUGUCUGCUUGGUCUUCAUGAUGAUGUUUGAUCUCUACUGUUCCUGAGCAAACCCUUGAGGUCUUCACAGAACAUCAGGCUUUAUAUUCACAUUAAAUCACACACACAUUGUUUGUAAAAAUGGAUUUCAGUAAGGGAUAUUAAAGUACCCCACACAGAUUUUUAUUUGUAAAAAGUUUUAAAAUGCUGCUUAUUUUUCUUUCUUUCACUUCACAGUAAUGCGCCGCUUUGUGUUGUAGCCCUGACAAAAUACCCAGAGUCUUCUGUAUUGACAAAAUGUGAAAAAGUUGAAUAGCUGUUGAUGCUUUUAUGGUAAAUCUCUCAUGUUUUGAUAACAAAACUGACUUUUGAAAUUCUACAGAGUGCAUCUAUGGUGUUACUGAGAAGAUGGAGGAGUUAGGACCCAGGGACGGCUGGUGGGGGGACAGUGGUGUGUGUGUCUGAUGGCAAAAGAGGAAAAAACUUCAGCAUGCACCAUUACACAAAACAAUGUGUGACAGUCACUGCCAUACACAGCACAGGACAGGACAGAGGAGGGGCGAGGGAAGAGGAGAAUAAUUUACCACCAAAACCGUCAUGGGAUUGUACAUUUAUAUUUUUCUUUGCAAUAUAAAUUGUAAUGCAGUUCCAGUGCCUGUCUAUGGAAAAGCCAAACUUUAGAAAGUUUUACAUUUUUUUAAACAGAGAUGGAUAUAUGAUUUAUAUACUUUUGAUUAAGAAAUGAGAUAAAGCAUCUAUUUUGUUUACUUUUGUAAAAAAAAAAAAAAAAAUCCUUGAACUCAAAGCAACUGGUUUAAACAACAAACUGAGAGUGAACCAGGGAUAUUUCACCCAUGAGAAAAUCAGAGCUGAAAAUGGAGGAGGAAGUCGGUAAAUGAUGGCGGACAUGACGGGGUCCAUGAUCUCCUCUGUCACAGAUCCUUCUGUCGCAAACUCCACCGAUCCCACCGUCCCCGCCGAUGUCGGCGUCGUCACAAGCUCCCAGUCACAGAUCAAGGAUCUUUUCGGGUUGUUCUGCAUGGUGACGCUUAACCUCAUCGCCCUGGUGGCCAACACCGGUGUGAUGGUGGCCAUAGCUCGCGCUCCUCACCUGAAAAAGUUUGCGUUUGUCUGUCACCUGUGCGCAGUGGAUCUGCUAUGCGCCAUCCUCCUGAUGCCUCUGGGAAUCAUCUCCAGCUCUCCGUUCUUCGGCACGGUGGUGUUCACCAUUCUGGAGUGCCAGGUUUACAUCUUCCUCAAUGUUUUCCUCAUUUGCCUCUCCAUCCUCACCAUCACCGCCAUCAGCUUGGAGCGCUACUUCUACAUUGUGCACCCGAUGCGUUACGAAGUCAAGAUGACCAUCAACCUUGCGAUUGGUGUGAUGGUGCUGAUCUGGGUUAAAUCGGUCGUCUUGGCUCUGGUCACGCUGUUUGGAUGGCCGGCGUACGGUCCUCAGAGCUCCAUUGCAGCAGCUCACUGCUCUCUUCAUGCCACCCACAGCCGCCUGAGGAGAGUAUUCGGAGUGCUCUUCAGUGUGAUUUGUUUCUUAGCUCCUGUAGUGGUCAUCUUUAGUGUGUACUGUGCUGUGUAUAAGGUUGCUCGCUCAGCAGCUCUGCAGCAAGUCCCAGCUGCGCCAACAUGGGUGAAUGCGUGCCCUGCGAAGGACCGCUCUGACUCCAUCAACAGCCAAACAACCAUGAUCGCCACCACACGCACUCUGCCUCAACGACUGUCUCCAGAAAGAGCCUUCAGCGGAGGAAAAGCUGCGAUAACCUUGGUGUUCAUCGUGGGCCAGUUCUUGGUUUGCUGGUUGCCCUACUUCAUUUUCCACGUCCAAAUGUCUCUAACCGCUUCCAUGCAGAGCCCGGGGGACUUGGAGGAGGCCGUAACUUGGCUUGCUUACUCUUCUUUCGCAGUGAACCCGUUCUUCUACGGCCUCUUAAACAGACAAAUCAGGGACGAGUUGGUGAAGUUUCGACGUUGCUGCUUGAACCAGCCCACAGAGGUUGGAGCGUCCAGCCAGGAGGCCUCGUUUCAGGAAAACUUCCUUCAGUUCAUUCAGAGGACCACCAGCAUGCCCGAAAGACGCUCCAGCUGCUCUAACUCCAGUCCCACAUUAAACCAGGUGAACAUUAUUCCAGGACAAAUACCAGAGGAGCAUGCAUAGACUACCUGUACACUCAUUAUAUAAAUGUUUCUUUAUCCUGUUAUUCGAUAGAAUAGAAAUAGCCUUCAUUGUCCCACAGCAACAGCAGCAUUUGGAUAUUUAGGUUCACACAAAACAGCAAAAUGUGAUAAUGGGCUGUUUAUUUCUUACAUUACUUUGUUGUAUAAAAUGCUCUUAUAUUUAUGCUCUUUACUAACUUGAUUAUUUCUAUUGUUUACUUUUUUUUGUAAAAAAAAAAAAAACAC